AUGAAGGCCGACUUUCUUGCGGGCCAGUACUUCGACAUCCGUCUAGAAGUUCACCAGCCAAGGAACGGAUCCGAGUUCAUCGGUCUACCUCUGGAUGAGCAGUUUACCUUCACUCUUGGAAAGAAGGGCGAGGAAGCGAAGCUAGUAACAGAGUUUUUCAACCUCGAAGAACCCAAUUUGGAGAAGUGGAACUUCACAUGGUACGAAGACCUCUUCGCACGCGACGCGGCAAGGAAAACCCUCGUCAACGUUGCCUCUAAAGCCUACCGCCGCAUCGCUCUUUACGAACCUGGCGAGUACACUGCUACCCUCAACUAUAACAAUGGAAGCAAGACGGAAGCUACUUGGCUCGUUCGCGACCUGGCUGAGGAGCGCAAGGCCAAGAACAUCGUUCUCUUCAUCGGUGACGGGAUGACCACAAACAUGAUCACAGCUGCUCGUUUGAUAGGCCAUAAGCAGGUCAACGGCAAAUACCAAUCUCUCAUGGCCAUGGACAAAUUCCCUGUCGUUGGCCACCAGAUGACCCACUCGAUCGAUAGCUUCAUCACCGACUCCGCUAACUCUGCUGCUGCGCUCAACACUGGUCACAAGUCAACAGUCAACUGUUUGAACGUUUAUGCGGACAGUAGCAAGGAUCCUUUUGAUGACCCGAAGGUUGAGAGCAUUGCUGAGAUCUUUCAUCGUCUUACCGGAGGUCACGUAGGAAUAGUAUCGACAGCAUACAUUGCGGAUGCUACUCCCGCUGCCUUGGUAUCACACACCCGUCUCCGUAGCCAGUAUGGAGCUAUCGUCGAUACCUACCUUAAUGGUGUGAACAACUGGACGCACGUUCCUAUCGAUGUCAUUUUCGGUGGUGGCGCCGAGCAGUUCUACCCGUCUGAACUUGGAGGUGUCACGUAUCAGGACAAGAACUACUAUGAUGAGUUUGCCGCGCAGGACUAUCAGAUCAUCCAGAACCGCACUGCUCUGCUCUCUGCCAGCAAUGAGGAAAAGGCUCUCGGUAUCUUCACCACCUCCAAUAUGGCCAAGUGGCUCGACCGCAAUGUCUACCGUGACAACCUCAACCAAUCGCUUUCCCCUACUGGAGAUGAGACACCCGCUCUUGAUCAGCCGGGUCUCAAAGAGAUGACCCUCAAGGCCAUUGACAUCCUCGAAACCCGCUCAGGUGACAAAGGAUGGUUCCUUAUGUCAGAAGCCGCCAGCAUUGACAAGAUGAUGCAUGUUCUCGACUAUGAUCGCGCACUCGGUGAACUUCUCGAACUCGACGACACGGUGAAGGCCACUAUUGACCACCUCAACUCCACCAACUGCCUCAAGGAGACUCUGAUCCUUGUCACUGCCGACCACGGCCAUGGCUUCGAUGUCAUGGGCUCCGUUGACACCCACUAUCUAGCUGCUCAAAACGUCGACCGCAAGAAACGCAAAUUCAGUUUGUUUCAGGGGUUAAUGGCAGAUCCUGAUCGUCGGGAGAAUUGGUCCGUCCGCAAGAGCGGUCCCCGCGAGCCCGCCGUCGAAAUCGAAGAGGAUAGCGACGACAACUACGCUAACCCCGAGGAUGGCGAGGACGGUAUCUUGCUCAAUGGUACGCUGCCUGUCGAGAACGACCAAGGUGUGCAUUCGUUGACGGAUGUGCCUGUCUAUGCCAUGGGCCCAUGCCAGGAGCUCUUCCAGGGGACAUACAACAGCAUUGAUAUCUUCUACAACAUGGCGACUUGCUUUGGCCUAGGAAGAGGCAAGCCUAGUACUGAAGAGUAG